UGCUUCUUCUUCUUCUUCUUCUUCUUCUUAGAGAGGAAAUUUUUAGAAGCAUAUAUGGCAAUGGAGAGUAAAGUGGGCUUUGUAGUUGCAUGCAUUGUUAUCGUGUUUAUGCUUUUGUCUCAAGAAGGCCAGGGAAUGCUUAUUGCAAAGCACUGUCCAAGCCCAACUAGUCAACCACCAGCAAUAUCUCCAAGCCCAACUCCGCAGCCUAUCAAAUUCCCCAUGUAUGGAGUCACCCCAGGAAGCCUCCACCCACAAGAGUGCCCCGACCGCUGCGCGGGCCGAUGCUCCGCGACGGCCUACAAGAAGCCCUGCAUGUUCUUCUGCCAAAAGUGCUGCGAGAAAUGCCUCUGCGUGCCGCCCGGCACGUACGGCAACAAGCAGUUCUGCCCUUGCUACAAUGACUGGAAGACCAAAAGAGGAGGGCCAAAGUGUCCUUAAAAAAGAUCUCUCUUUGCUUCCUGCACAGCAUAAUAAUAUGUUUCUUACUAUAAAUGCAGCUGCAGAGCCAACAUGUUGUUGUGAUUCUGAUUUCAAAUUUGGAUGCUGAGAUUACUGCUCUGUAUGAUAUUAGAUCAGAUAAGUAAGCGAAUCAUCAUGUUCUUUUGGAUAAAAAUGAAUGGUACCAAUGCGUGC